AUGAUAGUUCGAUCGUUGUGUCUUUUUGCAAUGCCUGUUGUUUCUGUUGAAAAUAAUGAACAACUUCUGAGCGAAUAUCAAGGAGCUGGAGAUACUCCUGUUGUUUUCUACUUUUUCUCUGAAUGUAACCUCCUCUGUGACGAUGUCAAUCCUUUGUUCAAUCAAGUUGCUGAUGAAUAUCCUCAAGUUUUAGUACUCUCCGUGAAUUAUACAUGCCAGAGUGUUGUUGAAGGGACCGACUUCACAAUCGAGUCCACACCAACUGUGAUUGUUGGAAUUAACGGAAUAGAAUCUUGUGAAGAUAAACUCGUCGAAUCUCAAAUCACUGAAGAAUCUCUUCGAGCUCUUUUCCAGAAGUAUUCAAACUAA